ACAAUAAUAAUUAAACAGCAAAGCAGGCUGCCAAGAAACGUUUGUCAAAAAACAGCAAAAAAUCGCCGUUUUUCCCCUCCCGGAAAAACAGUGGAAGGGAUUCGAUAAAAUUACAACCCCAAAAACCCCAAGGGUUUUCCCGGUCCAAGCUCUAAUUGUUUUAAGUAUUUUCUUCGAUUCUAAUGCUCAGUAAAUGCUUGAUUUUAAGCACUAAAGAAGAGAACAUUUUAAGUGGAGACCGGAGAUAGCGAGAGGUCAAUUAAAAAGCUGCAGCUAAGGUCUUGAAGAUAAACCGCUCAGAGGCAGUCAGGAGAGAAAUACCGGAGGGCAGAGGGAGCAGCAUCCAUCCACAUCAUCAACAACAACAGCAUCUCAGCCGAUAAUCGAAGAAGCCACACCGCUGUUGGAAGCAUCCCAUUGUAAUGGCUUUACUCCGUUCGCUGAGCGCCCAACGAACAGCCAUCAGUUUGGUCUACGGCAAGUCCAACGGAUCCGUGGCCGUUGCCGCCUGUCGCAGCUUUCAACGGGACAGGCGGAGCGGUUCAGAGGCGGCAGCUCCUCCAGUAGCAGCAGCAGCAGCAGCAGUAGCAGCGAGAGGAGGAGAUGGAGGCGGCAGCGUUCGCUACCUGCAUUCGGGCGAUCGUCCUAUGCAGGCAUCGACCGUGGUGCAGCCGGAGCUGGUAACAAGCACCGAUGCGCUGAAGCGGAGCCCUCAUCAGAAUAAGCCACCACCGUCUGCGGGAACACCAGCCGGAUCACCGCAACGUGAUCCGCUGGACGUAAGCUUCAAUGAUCCGAUAGCCGCCUUCAAGAGCAAGACCACAUGGGAACUGAUGCGAGCCUAUUUGGUCUACAUGAUCUGUUCCAGCGAGAAGCUAGUCGAGCACAACAUGACGCUACUGAAACUGGCUCGUAACCUGCUCGGCCAGAAACUCUUCGUCCUGUUAAUGAAGUCCAGCUUCUACGGACACUUUGUAGCCGGCGAGAAUCGGCACACCAUUGUGCCAGCCCUAGAGAGACUACGAUCGUUUGGUGUCAAGCCGAUCCUUGACUAUUCCGUUGAAGAGGAUAUCUCCCAGGAGGAGGCUGAGAAACGUGAAGUUGAAUCUUCCGUUUCCAGUGCUGGCGAUAAUAAGGAUAACAAGGAGGAGGACAGCAUGCCACAGUAUCAUGUGGACAAGUCCUUUGCCGAUCGCCGCUACAAGGUGAGCAGUGCUCGCACUUACUUCUAUCUGAACGAGGCCACCUGCGAGCGCAAUAUGGAGACUUUCAUCAAGUGUCUGGAGGCAGUUUCGGUUGACGAUCAGAAGGUGCCCCGGGCAGUGGCCACGGGCGCUACCUUUGGAACUGGCAUUACGGCUAUCAAACUCACCGCCCUUGGCCGUCCACAAUUGCUGCUGCAACUGUCCGAGGUAAUUAUGCGCACACGCAAGUACAUGGAGGCGAUGGUAGGCGGUGAGGGCAAUGUGCUGACCCACCACAAGACCAUCAAGGAUCUGGAAAAGUAUUAUGCCUCGCUGGGCGACAAUAAGAAUGUGAAGGAUUUCUUGAAGAAUGUGACAUCCGAUAAGGAAGGUAUCCUGCAUCUGUUUCCCUGGUCGGGUAUCGUGGACGAGGACUCACAGCUGAGUGACACUUUCCGUGUGCCCGAUCCCCAGACAGGCCAGAUGCGUCGACUGAUCUCACAAAUACCGCCCAAAGAGGAGGAGAUGUUCAGGAACAUGAUCCGUCGCCUCAACACGAUUGUCAAGGCUGCUGCCGAUCUGGAUGUUCGUAUUAUGGUAGAUGCAGAGCAGACAUACUUCCAGCCGGCUAUUUCACGUAUCACCCUGGAAAUGAUGCGCAAAUAUAACAAGGACAAGGCCAUCGUUUUCAAUACGUACCAGUGCUAUCUGCGUGAAGCUUUCAGGGAGGUCAACACCGAUAUGGAGCAGGCAAAGCGACAAAAUUUCUAUUUUGGUGCCAAGCUGGUGCGCGGCGCUUACAUGGAUCAGGAGCGAGCACGUGCGCAGGCGCUGGGCUAUCCCGAUCCAGUCAAUCCAACGUUCGAGGCCACCACGGCCAUGUACCACAAGACGCUCUCCGAGUGCUUGCGACGCAUCAAGGUAAUGAAGGACUCGUCUGAGGAUGCCAGAAAGAUUGGCAUCAUGGUGGCCUCGCAUAACGAAGACACUGUGCGCUUUGCCAUUGAACAGAUGAAGGAGAUUGGCAUUUCGCCGGAGGACAAGGUCAUUUGCUUUGGCCAAUUGCUGGGCAUGUGCGACUACAUCACCUUCCCGUUGGGUCAAGCGGGCUACUCGGCAUACAAGUACAUACCAUAUGGUCCUGUGGAGGAAGUGCUGCCAUACUUGUCGCGUCGCGCCCAAGAGAACAAGGGUGUGCUCAAGAAGAUCAAGAAGGAGAAGCGACUGCUCAUGUCCGAGAUUCGGCGCCGUCUUAUGCGCGGCCAGUGGUUCUACAAGCCCAAGGGCAACUAUGUGCCCAUAUAA